AUGGGACCAAGAAAAUUAGACGCGGGAGCAUUGAGGAGAUUCGGCCCCGUACCUGAAACAAAAGAAUGUCCUCCGGAACUGUGCGGCGAAUCGACACAUCCAAUAGUUUCGGCUCCGGUUACAAGUAACCGACGAAGACGAGGAUUUCAACGAAUUUAUUGCGAGGAGAGCGACACCGCUGAAAAUGAAGGUCGGAUUUCGUCGGAAAGUUCCCCGAUGCGGCAGAGAAGGGGUGGCAUUUUGAAGGGUGGCAAGCUGUGGAAGUCCCUGGACACCGACAGGGACCCUAAUGAACAGACGGACGACCAAAGAUCUACGACGGCGAGUGACGAGGACGGCUCCGCCAACCCUCGCUCCGUGAGAUUCGUCGAGAGGCCCAAGGACCGAUCCGAAGAAGAGCCGCCUGUCAAAAUCGAGUCCGAACCCCAUCAUUCAUCGGACACCGAACUUCUCCCAAAGGAAUACAAUACGACUUCUGGAAACAGACUGGAAACACCGCUGAUCCUAACCAUCAACGCACCGAAACAGAAUUCCGCUGUGCAACAGUUGUUCAACAGUGGAAGACCACCGCCGCCAGCCAUCGAGCCACAGUUAAUUACUUCCGAGACACUGAGAGCGUGGGAUGCCGGUGCCAGGCCAAAGUCGGAGGAAGCAGCCGUGAGACGCGUAGCUGAAAGGAAUGCUCUGCGGUGCUCCUUGCUGCGAAGCGAGGCCAGGAAGAAACAACAGCCUAAGCAGGAGACAACGUCACUAGCCGAAAGAAUCCGUCUGUUAACAUGUGACGUCGAGGAUGAACCGGAAGAGCAACGCGCUUCGCCAGCCAGCCAGAACAACUCAGACAAGUUAUCCGACAAGUCCAGCGAGAAAUCGUUCAACAGCCUCGAUAAAAGCAAUGAGAAGGCCUUCGGGAGUGCCUCCUCAAGUUCCUCAUCUUCCACUCUGUCUGCACCGGUACCAAUGCGCCACCAGCCCCCGGACUUAGGAGAUGUGCACCAGGAUCCCCCAAAGCGUUCGGAGCCGCGUAGGCAAUUCCUGUCGACCUUGGCUCCACUGACGGCUUGUGUUGGUAAUGCUGCCCAUCACGAGGGUUUCUAUUACGUUUCCGCUACAGCAGAUCGUAGCACGGUAACGUCCACCACUAACAUCGAUCUUCAAGAGCACAACGAUGCGCCAGCUCCAGACAUAGUAGCUGGAACACCAGGAGCAGGUGACGGUGACGAUGGAUUGGCGGCAUUUGCACGAGCCUCUGCUCCACGAACAGAGAGAAUAAGGCAACGCUACGGCCAAGAGUCGCAGCCGGUCAGCAGUGAUGAUGAACACGAUGAUUACGGUUUCCACCGGCGGCCUGCUGUGCGCGGCAUAGCCAUCAAGCAGCAGCUCGGAGCAUCCGAUGACAUGUUACAACAGAUGCAGAACGAAUUGCAACCUUCCCCGAGUACAAACGUGACGCAAAUGCCGUUUCACGCGUGCCAGAGAACAAACUCGAACUACUCGUGGCCGUAUUACUCCGAGGCUAAUCUCAACUCCCGACCGCAAAGCCGAGCGAGCGCUAACUCUAACUGGUCAAAAACGUCGUCGGAUUACGUAACCACGCGUCCAUGCAGUACCACCCCAGUCCCGCAACAGCAUACCGACGCCUGCUACGCUCACUCACAGAACAUGGCCUCAUUUGCUCAUUACCAACAGCACAGACACCACGAGAAUCUGUAUAGAAACAGCUGCUCUUUGUACGCUAAUGUUGGGUGCUCAGAUAGCAGCCAAGAGUUGUACAGCUCGCAGACCAGUUCGGAGCAAACUUCUCCAGUGAGGGCGGCUCCUCGUUGCAGAAGGCCAGAAUCGCCACCGCCGAUCAGAAGCCACCAUCAGCUGUUGUACGUGCCCUACAACGCGCAUUACCAUUACCAGCAACACGAGUACGCUCAAUGGUCACCCAACGACUAUAAUCGCAUGCAGACUUAUUAUCAGCACCAAGGUCGCAGCGCAACGAGCACGCCCCAACCUGUUGCACAUCAACAAAGGGCGCACUACUCCCAUCCCCUGCAGUUACAGACUUUGUGCCCGGCUCCGGCACGCUACCGGCCAGUUCCAGCCCAGCAGCCGGGUGGGGGAAAACAAAUGAUCUGCUAUUCUGAAAAGGUGGCUGCUCCUUUAUAUCAGCCAGCUCCGGGGUCUCCGUCUCGAGUGGUACGCGGCGCUCCAGAGGGUGCACCGUCCGGACUCCAGCCGCAAAUCGCAUCCUCGCCUAUGGCGCCGCCAUCCAACCCGGUCUACUACGCUAUGAACGUUUGACGAGGGGACUAGGUAAACAUCAAGGUGGGACCUACUGGUGAAGUGCAGAUCAGCGUUACACCGAAACCACAUGAUACUGCUGAAAAACCCUAGAGUACUUUGAAAAUCCGCUUUGCUAAAUCCGCACACGGUGUCAAAAUCUACUUAAAAAAUAACCUCAAACGAGUAUGUACGUAAAGGGUUUAUUAAUAUGAAAAAAAUAAAAGAAACGAACCAAAGAUGGCGAUCAAAUAUUUAAUUAAGAAUCUUAUAAAAAUAGAUACCCACAUUAAAACGCAUAUUGUUUACUAUGUAUGUAAAGGUUACAUUAAUAAACAUAAAACAGGUGGUAACCUCGUGUUAGUGAACUUAAUACGCGGAUGUCAUAACGAUUUGUCGGAAGUUUUAUUAAAUACAUACCUGCCAGGCCAGUUUAUGUCUCACCAAGGCCUAAGGGAAUAUUCGGACGGAACUGUGAACAAGCACUUGUCAUUAAUUAAUGAGUGUUGCUAGCUGUGUGUAUGUAUGAGUGCCAAAGACGUACGUUAUACGUAGCUAAUACAAUAAAUUAGUUGUUCGAAUUGAUAAAAAAAAUGUAGUUCGUCGAAUAUUUAUCUAGCCGGCCUAUUUAUAACGAGUCAUAUCCAUUUUGCGUAGUGAUUGAUUUUUUUUAAACCAAAUACUUGCAACUAAGCGACUAUGUUUUUAAAAUGCAUAUUAUUAUUAUUUAGAAUUAUAUUAUCUCGUUCAGUUUUUAAUAUUCGUAACGUUUAAUAUUUUUGCAGACAUAAGUAAUAGGCCAUAGCGACAAUAAUUAAGAUAUAUUCUUUUACGUAAAUUAUCUAUUUUUAACUCGUUUCUCAUUAAUUAUUAAAUUCAAUGUAACGAAAAGAAUGAUGCCUAAUUAGGCAAUUAUUAAAGUAGGUAAAAGGUAGUGGAAAGAAACUAUCGCACAAUUGACAGACCAAAGUUGAGACCAAAGUUUGACUACAAGCAGUAAAUAUAAUUGAAUUAAAUAUUUUAAUAACGACUUUCAAUAGUAUAAAAUGGAUAAAAUGAUCGAAUUUUAAUUCUGAAAUUGCAUAAGGAUUAACAAAUAGUUAAAGGCUCUAGUUAUUGAUUAUACUGACAUAAAGCUACAUGCGUUUUUUCGAAUGCCAUUCCCAACUCAAUUACAUCGAUAAAUAACGCCUAAUUAUCGCGACUUCGAAGGAAACAGUCUUACAGAUAAUAUUUAUAAUGACACUCCUGAAAAAACGACUAUAGAGGCAUGGCCACACUACAUCUUAUUAAAUAAUGUAGUUUUCUAUUUAAUAAUGUGAGCCAUUGAAAAAAAUCUCGGAGCACAAUCACUAAGGAAAUUUAAUUAUGUAUAUAAUAAUUAUUAAUGAUAUUAAUAUAUUUACUAGACCUGAUUGAAGAUCAAUAAACUAGAAAAAAAUCGCUUCAAUAGAGUUCAUUUGAAUUUAGCGGAUUUAUUGUGUUGCUAUUUAGAAAAAAACAUUGCCUUCAAUUUAGGGUAUGUUACUAAUCUCUGUAGACUUACUAAAUACUUGGAAAAUCCGAUAUUUUGUAAAUUAUAAUAUUGUACAUAAUACUCGUAAGUCAGCCAAAUAAAUUGCGUAGUACUUAAGGUUUAUAUAACGUAAAUUUGUUCUAAUUGAAUAACAAUAAAAACGAUUGAUGUUCAAAUUUAAAAUUUACAGUCGGAUAUUUGCUUGAUUUUGAUUCACGUGUUGAUACAAUCACGCAGAACGUCGGUCUCCCAAAGUUGUUUUGACGUUUGCAGUGAAUGUAAUUUCACUUAAUUUUUAAAGGAACACUAAUGAAUUUGUUUCGUUAGAUUGAAGUAAUCUGUUCUCAAUGUUGUUAGAUAAUAAACUAAGUAUUAAAUAUGAAUCCGUGACAUUUGCGUAUUAACCCAAUCUACUUUUAAAAGACAGCUUUGCAUUUUAGCGUAUGAGCUUGAGUUUCAAUGUUAGUAAUUAUUAAUGUUAGGUACCUUUUGAUAUUGAAGUUAAAAUGUUUUAUAUAACAAUAAAACCUUACACCAAUUUUUACCAUUCCCAUUACCUGUAUAAUGGUUAUUUUAAUAUUGUCUUGUAUUGUUAACUUGAGUAAUAUUAGUAGCCUUUAAACAACCUAUUACAUGGUAAGGCUUAGAGUGCUUAGACCCUUUCAAUUUUCAAUCGGAAUCGUUUUAUUUUUAAUGCUAAUUGAACUGCAAAGCAGUAGGUAUCCACGUUUUAGCGUUCUGAAUGGUACCUAUUGUAUUAAAUACAUAAAUAAACAUAAUCUAAGCAUUAAAAAAAUGCUAAAUGUUAAAAAAAAUUAAACCUAGAUACUUUGAUACCAAAAACAUAAUGUUUUGUGCAAAAAUUCAAAGUAAUAAUGUAUUUUUGACAGACAGCAGUCUACUUUAAUAAUUAUGAAUUUAUACUUUGACAAUGUACAUACAUACCUACAUUUUGAAGUAGAAGCUAUUUUGAUCCAUAACUACUUAGUCAGAAAAUUUGUGUGAUAAAAUUUGAAUACCUGCUGUCAUUCUAUCGUAAUGUACGAGUGAUUUAAAAUAUACAUUAUAUACAUUAUUUAUUUGUUUAGUGAUAUAAUAUUUAUGUAUUCAAAUAUCUAGUCAUUAAAAUCAUAAUUCAGUGAUAUUAUUUAUGUAGUAAUAAAAAAGUUAACUUUUAUUGUAUUACAACGUUCGAGAUAUAUAUGUUAUUUAUCUAUUUAAGUAGUUAAUUUGUUAUACUAGUAUUUCUUAUUGUAGGUAGGUAUAAUUUAAAUUUCAUACAUUUUUAUGCUGUUGGAUUUUUUAUUUUUAAAUCUGGCAGGUUAUACUGAUGUUAUCCAUAUAUAUAUUUUAUUUAAAUCUAUAUAUUAAACAAUUGGCUAUAAACAGAGUAGUGAAAUUAUACAUUUAUUACAUACGACUUUAGAUUAUUUAUAGGUAUUAUCUAUUAUGUAUUAUUAUCUAUUAUUACAUAAGAUUUUAUGAAUAUCUAUCGUGAUAAUGUUUAAAAAAUAAAUGUAAUAUUUCAAAGCGUAGCUGUUUGAUGAAAUUCUCUUACAUUAAAAAAAAUCGUACCUAAUAUAUAUGUUAAACAAAGUAAAUAUUAUAUUAUUAUGUAUGUGUGGAUAUGACGGCAGACAGUAAAUAAAUAAAUAAAGAUCAGACUGUUUGAGAAAAGUUUUUGAUGUGUAUGAUCAAUUUUAACAGACAAUCUCAGCUAUCUUUGAGUAAUUAUCACUGCCAUUUUUAACAAUUAGAUUACUGAACAAUAACCUGGAAGCUAGUAUGAUGGUAUAUUAUGAUGUCAUUGUUUUUGAAUUUCGAUUUGAACAUUAUCAAAUUUACGACAGGUUUUUAAUUAAAUUGAAAUCUUAACAAAAUAUCUUAAUUUAAGAUUUCAUAAAUAGUAGUAAUAGCUGAUAUUGCUGACCAGUUUUAAAUUGUAUGAUAAAAAUAUCUACCUAUUUUCAUUGUAGCUAUUACAUUAGAUUUUUGUAGAAAGAUGUAGGUAAUAGUAUUAUGUUCCCUCUCAAUUCUCUCAUCAUAUUGAAAGCAAACGUUUAAAGUAAUUCAAGAAAGACACAGGUUUUAAUUUAAAUUCUCUUUUUAGUCUCUGGUCUGGUAAAAUUGUCGACAUAUAAUAACCACGUCUAAACUUUGUAAAGUUCACUUCACUUCACUAUCUUGAUGUUGCCAGGACAGAUGAAAAUUCCGAUAACGCGUAAAAUAAAUUUUAUCUUACACCUACAUAGUAAUUACUGUACAAUUAUUGUACGCUAAUACAUAUUACCUAUUUGAACUUAUAUUAAUAUAUUACUAGUAAAAAAUCUCAGUGUUGUAAUAAAAAAAAUACUGUUUUAAUUAGGUAUUCAAUACCAAUGUCUAUAGAUAUGUGUAUUUGUUCUUCACUAAGAUAAAUACAAAAAGUAAUUGUAGAAAAAUAAAUGUUUAAAUUUAGAUAUUAGGGCUGGAUGUUUCGCCACAAAUGUUGCUAAAAAGAACUAUACAAACGAAUGUAUUUGUAGAA